AUGACUCGCCACGACGUCCCGAUGCCAGACUUUUCGUCCGUUCUUUUGGGAGGAGAUGACUCACAAACAUUUGGCAAGAAAACUGCGGUCGAAAGAGCGUCUGGAGGAGAGCUGGUGGACAAUUCCGGGGUUGCGGCCCCGCCUGAGUCUCGACCAAUUCCUGUUCACGAUUCCUCGUCCGAGUCUGAGACCGAAGAUAUCUGCGAACCUGGACCAGUGCCUGAUCACUGUUCUUCGUUUAGGUCCGAGACGGAAGAUCUCUACGAAUCCGAGACAGAGUGCGAUUUCCCAGAGUUUCCGGAGUCUCCCGAGUCUUGCGAGUCCUCUGAGUCCUCCGAGUCCUCCGAGUUCUCCGAGUCCUCCGAGUCCUCCGUGUACGAUUCCGAGUCUGACUGUGAUAGCGACGACGAAUCAUCCAGCGACGACGAUUCCUGUAGCUCGAGAGAGAGCGAUAUCGGUGAGUGCGACGAGGAGGAAUGUGGUGUGGAACACGUGUACGAACAAGAAGAAGACACUGAUGACGAAGGAGAAGAAGAAGGAGGAGAAGGAGAAGGAGGUAUAUACGACGACACCGACCUCGGUGGACAGACCGUGGACACGGCAUCCAUGAUCGCGGCUUCCGUUGUCGCAGGAGCAGGUGCCGUGAGAUCGGGAACUGGGUGGACGUGGACGAGUAUGUUUAUUGUCCUCUCUGCCGCUGGCGGAGUCGGUAUCGUCCUUCUCUACGCAAUCAAGAGAAUCAACGAACUUACUCGUCUUGUGAAAACUCUCGAAGAGAACAGUCACAUGGCAAUCAACGAGAGAGACGUGCAGGUCAUCACGACACAGGUCAUUGGUGACAUGCUAGAAGACACCGACAACUCUCGCGAUGCGACCAUUGACACACCGGAAGGAUCAGAACGUGGCUUCAGCAUUGAAACACCGCACGAGGUGCAAGGAGAGUGCAUCAUUCAAACUCAAGCAGUGGACCGGCCGCAGUUUCAGGCGGAACUUCUCCAAGAUGAUGAUAUCGAGGCGACUGACAACGGAGGGGCUCGUGCAGAGGAGGGGUCACUGGUUGCGUCGGAAUCCAAGAACGAACGCAGUCCUCUCGUCAGUGUCGAUGUGUUGAAAGUACCCGCCACACCUUCUGUCGCUGCCGAGGAGGAGCGAAAGAUUACUGCAAUCGACAAACCUGUGGAACAAAAGGUUGAAGAGAUCGGAAAGGACGAGCCAGAUGAUUCGAUCGUGGAUGAUCUUGCGACCAUGGUCAAGGCAAUGUCGUUGUCGGAAGACUCCGUAGAGACGGAAGGAUCAUCUCGUCUGAUCACCGGCACGAAACGAGUUAGGAGUGUUUAG